UGCGCGGUCACACUAGCCAUCAGCUCAGCGUUUUCUUGGUUUUUGCGUGUGAAAUUAAAAAAAUAAGUGACGAAAAGCCCACAAAAGUGCCGCACCAUGAACGCCCUGGGUCCUAAGAAGGACGGUAGUCCGAAUAUAGACUUUUUCCAGUCCCCGGAGACGCUGCAGGGCUUCGAAUCGAUCCGCCAGUGGCUGCAGAAGAACUGCAAGAAGUACUUGGCCCACAGCUCGGAGCCCAUCACGAAGGAGUCGCUGGCCCAGCUGCUCAUCCACUUCCUGCAGUAUGUGGAGGCGAAGCUGGGCAAGAAUUCGCCGGAGCCGCCGGCCACCAGAAUUCCGAUGCGCUGCUUCCUCGACUUCAAGAGCGGCGGUGGCCUGUGCAUCAUCUUCUCCACCAUGUUCCGCUUCCGCGCCGAGCAGCGCGGCAAGAAAUUCGACUUCUCCAUCGGCAAGAAUCCCACGCGGAAGGACCCCAACAUCCAACUACUUAUCGAGAUCGAGCAGGCGCUGGUGGAGGCGGACUUGUACCGCAUCCCCUACAUCUACAUCCGCCCUGAGAUCGAGAAGGGCUUCGAGGGCAAACUACGCGAGAUCCUCGACAACCGGCGGGUGGAGAUCGUCUCGGACGAGGAGGACGCCACCCACAUUGUCUAUCCCGUCGUGGACCCCCAUCCGGACGAGUAUGCUCGGCCCAUUUUCAAGCGUGGCGGCCAUGUGAUGCUGCACUGGUACUACUUCCCCGAGUCCUACGAUUCCUGGGCUGUGAACAACUUCGAUCUGCCGGAUCACAUUCCGGAGAAUCCCGAGUCGCCGGCCGAGCGCUGGCGCGUGUCUGCCUCCUGGAUCGUGGACCUGGAGCAGUACAACGAGUGGAUGGCCGAGGAGGACUACGAGGUGGACGAGCAGGGCAAGAAGAAGACGCACAAGCAGCGCAUGUCCAUCGACGACAUUAUGUCCUUUGGCGACGAGAAGAAGAAACCUGCUGCCAGCUCUGGCGGAGGCAAGCAAAAGAGGCGUCGCUCGCCAUCGCCAACCACAUCGGCGUCCACCUCGAAGCCGGGCAAGCGCAAGCGAUCCCCCGCCGUGGUGCACAAGAAGUCGCGAAACGACGAUGACGAUGAGGAUCUAACCCGCGAUCUGGAUGACCCACCGGCAGAGCCAAAUAUUCAGGAGGUGCAUAAGGCUAACGCUGCCCUGCAGUCCACCGCCAGCCCGGCUCCAGGCGGGAAAUCCCGGGGCGACAACGACAUGAUGCCUAUCAAGGGCGGCACUAUGACCGAUCUGGACGACGAGAUGACUGGCGGCAGUGCUGCUCAAGCCAUGUCCACCGGAGACGGAGAAAACUCGCAGACAGGAAAGACCAGUGAUAACAGCAACACGCAGGAGUUCUCAUCGUCGGCCAAGGAAGACAUGGAGGAUAAUGUGACCGAGCAGACUCACCACAUCAUAGUGCCCUCGUACUCGGCCUGGUUCGACUACAACUCCAUUCAUGUAAUUGAGAAGCGGGCCAUGCCGGAGUUCUUCAACAGCAAGAACAAGUCCAAGACGCCGGAGAUCUACAUGGCCUACAGAAACUUUAUGAUAGACACCUACAGGUUGAAUCCCACGGAGUACUUGACCAGCACCGCCUGCAGGCGCAAUCUGGCCGGAGAUGUGUGCGCCAUCAUGCGGGUGCACGCGUUCCUGGAGCAGUGGGGUCUCAUUAACUACCAGAUCGAUGCGGACUUGCGCCCCACCCCCAUGGGCCCGCCUCCGACCUCGCACUUCCACAUUCUUUCGGACACGCCGUCGGGUCUGCAGUCCAUUAAUCCGCAAAAGACUCAGCAGCCGUCGGCGGCCAAGACGCUGCUGGAUCUGGACAAGAAGCCGUUGGGCAAGGACGGUGGCCUGGAGCUGGGCGACAAGGGUGGCCUGGCUGGCAUCAAAACAGAGGCUCUGGAGAACGGCGGCGCUGCCGGCGGACUAAGUUCUGGGGUGAGCCAGUUUGGUCUCAAGCUGGAUCAGUAUGCCAAGAAGCCGGCGGCUAUGAGGAACCGCACGGCAGCCAGCAUGGCUCGGGAGUGGACCGAUCAGGAGACCCUGCUGCUGCUCGAGGGCCUGGAGAUGCACAAGGACGACUGGAACAAAGUGUGCGAGCACGUCGGCUCCCGCACCCAGGACGAGUGCAUCCUGCAUUUCCUGCGGCUUCCCAUCGAGGACCCGUAUCUGGAGGAUGACGGAGGCUUCCUAGGCCCCUUGGGCUGCCAACCCAUUCCGUUCAGCAAGAGCGGCAAUCCCAUUAUGUCCACCGUGGCGUUCCUGGCAUCUGUGGUCGAUCCCCGUGUGGCUGCUGCUGCUGCCAAGGCCGCCAUGGAAGAGUUUGCAGCUAUCAAGGAUGAGGUGCCCGCCACGAUAAUGGACAACCACAUGAAGAACGUGGAGAAGGCCUCGGCAGGGGGCAAAUUCAAUCCCAACUUUGGCCUGGCCAACAGUGGAAUCGCCGGCACCGGCAACGACAAGGAGGAUGAGGAGGGCAAGGAAGGAGGAGCUUCGGCAUCCGCUGGCGGCUCAGAUGAGGAAAUGAAGGAUCUAAGCAAAAAAGACGACGAUGCCAAGUCCAAAGACAAAACAAAAUCGGAUAAGACCAACACGAACACAGACUCGAGUUCCACAUCAUCAUCAGCGACAGGCAACACCAACAACACCGACAAGAGACCCAAGGAGUCGUCCGGCUCCUCGCCCUCGGGCGACAAGUCAGCCACCAAGUCAGACAAAUCAAACAAAUCCUCACCCACAGAAACAGCAGCGACCGCCGGUGGAGGCGAUGUGGACAUCAAGACGGAGGACAGCAGUGGCGACGGCGAGACCAAGGACGGCACCGAGGCCAAGGAGGGAUCGGGACCGGCGGCAUCAGGACCGGGAGCGGUGGCCAAGGAUGGAACCUUCAGCGAGAACAACAUGCAGACGGCGGCGGCAGCAGCUCUGGCUUCGGCAGCCGUUAAGGCCAAGCAUCUGGCAGCACUGGAGGAGCGCAAGAUCAAGUCCCUGGUGGCGCUACUCGUCGAGACGCAGAUGAAGAAGCUGGAGAUCAAGUUGCGUCACUUCGAGGAACUGGAGGCCACCAUGGAGCGAGAACGCGAGGGGCUGGAGUACCAGCGUCAGCAGCUGAUCACAGAGCGCCAGCAGUUCCACCUGGAGCAGCUGAAGGCGGCCGAGUUCCGGGCGCGCCAGCAAGCCCAUCACCGGCUCCAGCAGGAGCUCCAAGGUCAGGCGGCAGCCGGGUCCAUGGUCAUGCAGCAGCAGCAACAACAGCUGCCACAGCCACAACAACAGCAGCCGCAGCAGCAACAGCAAUCACUGCCGCCUCAUCCGCACCUGCCACAGCAGCAGCAACUGCCCCCACAUCCGCACCAGCUGCCACCGCAGUCCCAACCUCUGGCGGGUCCCACCGCCCAGCACCAGCCGCUGCCACCGCACCUGGUCGGAUCCGUAGCUCCGCCGCCCAACGGAGCUCCCUUCGCUGCCCCACCAUCGGCCAUCGUCACUAACCCGAGCGAUCAAGCAGGACCAGCAGCAGCGGGAGCAGCGCCAUCCCAGGCCCCCACGCCCAUGGAUACCACACCGCCGAGCAGCGUACCAGUGGCUGAUGGCGCCCCACCGGGAUCAUCAUUGGCUCCAGCCGGUAGCAUUCCUCCAGCGAGCUCUGCUCCUGUCGCCGGCGUAGCUCCUCCUCCUUCUUAACUCCUACUCCUAAGCCAGAAAACGUUUAAGUAACUAGCUCUAAGUCGUACGCUCUCAGUAUGUUUUAUGUAUACUCCACUCUAAGCCCAACUCUCGUGUGUAAUCCGGAGGAGAUGCGUCUCCAGUUUCGUGUCCGAUCGCGUGAACAAGCAAUUGCACAAAUCAUUUGAACCAAGUUUUAAAGCCGACAGAAUGGCAUUCAAUAAAAACCUAUUUAAAUCUA